AUAAAGCGGCGCGUCUGAUCAAAGACAGCUAUAGUAGCCACUCAACUUUCAGUCGUCAGCCAAUUGACGUGCCCAAGUUUUCGCUAGCGACUCAUUACUAAUCGUAAAAGCACGCGCAAGCCAUGGAGGAUUUGAGCAAGGAACAAAAAGAUAUGCUGAAGAAGGCAUUUGACGCCUUUGACCGUGAAAAGGCCGGUUUCAUCUCGACUGACAUGAUUGGCACAAUUUUUGAAAUGCUUGGCAUCCAGAUUGAUGAUGACGAAAUCAAUGAAAUCAUCAGUGAGGUUGACGCUGACGGGUCUGGCCAGCUGGAGUUUGAAGAGUUCUGCAUGUUGUCUUCGCGUUUCAUGGUGGAGGAGGAAGACCCUGAGGCGAUGCGGCAGGAGCUGAAGGAGGCCUUCCGUCUGUACGACAAGGAGGGCAACGGCUACAUCACCACCGACGUGCUCAAGGAGAUUUUCCGCGAGCUCGACAACACCAUCAACGCCGACGACUUGGACGACAUGAUUGAGGAAAUCGACUCUGACGGCUCGGGAACUGUGGACUUUGAGGAGUUCAUGGAGGUCAUGACUGGAGAAUAAAGAGAAUCACAUGAACGACUGAUUGAUACAAAAUUUCAAAUUUUGUCAACUCGAUCUUUCAAUAAAACCAAUAUAUUUUUCAAUAAA